UGUAUGUAUGCCUCGACGACAGCUUUACGAGGCACGCGACUCCAAUGAUAGCAAGAUUAUAGCAGUAGUGCACUCCCAAUAUAAGGCAUAACUUAGCCCCUCGCCUAGCUGUUCUGGCUCCGCUCGUUUCCGCAACGGCGAUGAUGGACGACGACGACAGCCGUGAGGAAUUUGAGGAAUUUAACGAGGUGCAGCUAGAUGGAUUGGCCCUGAAGGAGCGGCCUCGAGUGCCGUCAUUCCCCAACCGCAGCAGCCAAAGUAUCCGAGUCGUCAAGGUCGCGUCAGCAUCCGUGCUGCCCAUCUCCAGCAGCCACCACGCCGCGCUCCAAGCAAGGGCCCCAAGAACACCCUCCUUAACCUCCGACACCACUCCCAGUGCCUCCAAGACCACGGUUACCACUGCUUCUCCUCCUUCCUCCGUAGCCGUAGCUUGGGGCAGCAGUGCCGGGUUGAUUGUUUUGCCUAGCAGCCCGAUAGCCCUGCCGGGCGCUUCUUCAAGCAGCGCAAGCCCACCAGCCGCGGCUAGAAGAGCCGCAACUCUGUCC